AUGUCGAAGCCCCUUUCGUUGUUAACCAUCUCGGCACAGACGUUGAAAUUACUCACAAACGCCGGAUAUUCAACUGUAAAGGAUCUCGAACGAUGUACAUCUGAAUCCCUAGCUGCAGAAUUGAAUAUAUCACAACAAGAAGCAGAAAAAGUACUUCAAUGUGCGGCUGUUCAACCGCGAACCCAAGCCAAUGCACUCUUUCCGACCAGCCAGUCUGCGUCGACACUCCUCGCAAACCUCCAUGUCAUCGGUAUAGAAUCUCAGACAAUCACUACUCUGCUUGGUGGUGGUUUGAGAAAAGGACAGUGUCUGGAGAUUGCUGGUCCACCUGGUAUCGGGAAAACUAGCCUGGCUCUUGAAUUCAUACGGUCGACUUUGCAUGAUGGGUUCGAGGUGCUCGUUGUCGAUUGUCAAUCCACCCUGCAUCCACUGCGCCUUUAUGAGACAUUGGGAUCAGACGCGGAUAAGAUUCAUCAUGUCUCGACACCGGGAUACGCAGAGCUCUUCGUAUUCAUGAACCAGCUCCCCACAUAUCUCAGCUCUCGUCCCAGCAUCUCUCUCAUUAUCUUCUCCGGCCUCUCGACGCCCUUUCAACGGCUUCCCUCUCAUUCUGUAAGAACACGCCUACUCACCCUCUUUCGCACCACACUCGCAAAACUCGGCACGACAUGUAUCGCAACAGUUCAACUCUCGACAAAACUUCAAAAUCCAGAUGGAACAACGGCGACAUUUGAGACGACAGGUGCCCGUGCUGUGAUGCUCCCUGCAUUGGGCGAUGGAUGGUAUCCGCCUCAGAAGACGUAUAGGCUCUUACUCUUUUAUGGAGACCAAGGGCAGAGGUUUAUGAGGAUCAUGGCGACGCCGGUUGUGCCCAAAGAUGCACCUGGGAAACUGCUAUCGUAUUCGGUCGAGGCGAGUGCGACGAAGAAUCCCGAAUGCGCGCUUACAAUUCUCAGGAUGGCCGCGUCGUAG